UGAGGUUCCAGUUUGGAAACACAUCGGUGACGAUUGAAUGGCGUUCAAAUUUGUGAUCAACCUAUAUGCGCGUUGUAAGCAUAAUACCGUAGAUUUAUGACGAUUACCGUUAGUCAUUACAUCAUAAUGUCAAUUAAGCAGCGAUUCCCAAACUUAUUUUUCAUGAUGACAUUUUGUGGAUCAAAUUCAGACGCAGUGCCCUGCUGUAAAUACCACGAAAGAAAAAAAUUCUAUAAAUUGUAAAUUAUUAAUUAUUAUGAGCACUAGACCGUAGUGCCCUUAAAAAGUGCUCGCGGUGCACAAUUUGGGGAAAAGCUGUUUUGGAGUACUUAUUAUAAAAAUUAGCUUUUUACAAAAAAUAUGAAUAUUACGAUAAGAAACUUAAUUUAGUAUAGUAUAUGCAUAGAAUUUAGAAGUUUCAUUAGUUGGAUAAUUAUUGUUUUACUAUUGGAUAUUUGUUUCUUCUUGAGUUUUUACUAAAAAAUAAUUGAUCAAAGUAAAUAUAUAAGAACAACAAAUAAUAAUCAAUCAAAAAACCUUUUUAUAUUGUGUGAGUGUACAUAUUAUAUAUAUAUAUAUAUAAAACAACUAAUAGCUAUGGACAUACCUAGCUACUGAGUAGCUAGGAACAUAGAAUGUAGUUAAACUUCCAACCUUAAACAUUUUUAAAAUACAAAUAUCAUUCGUAUGAACAGUUCAGGUAUAUAAUAUUUAUGAUAUCGAAUUAAUUUUCUGUAUGUUGUUUGUUACAUUAAACUAUGUGGAUUAAAAACAUGUGUUAUUGUAAAAUGUCAAUAAUUUACUCAAAUGUGUAAUCACAUGUUAUAAAAGCUUGAAAAAACUGUAACGUAAUAAUUGUACCUAGUAAGUAUUGAAGAUUUAUAAAAAUAUUUUCACUCGACUUUUUGCAAGCAAAAAUUCAAGAUAUACAUUCAUUUAAUUAAAAAAAAAAAAUGAUUUUUUUUCCAUUAGUCAAAAUUUUGAAUAUUUCAAUCAUUUUAAUGAUGAUAAUUGUCUUUUUUAAUAAUUCGUCAGCAAAGAAACCAACAUUAUUUUUUCAACUUGCCAAUCGUGAUGAUAUAAAUUAUUUUGUUUAUUUAUCAAGAGAACUAAAUUACGAUGAAAAAAAACUGAACAUUCAUGAUUUUUAUCUCUCAAUACACAAUUUAGAAGCCAGGCAAAUUCCAAGACCAACGGAUAAAUCACAUGCCGAUCUAAAUGCAAGAAUAAAUCAAUAUUGUCGGAGAAUCCCAAAACUUCCUUAUGAAAAGUAUAUACAAGAUUUUGAUGUAUAUUAUGAUCCGGCGUAUGCAACUGACUCUCAUUGCGGAUUAGUUUUUCGGAAAUUAGUAGUUACUUUAUAUACAUGCUUUGAGUCAGUGAUUAAAACUGAUAGAUCAAGUACAUCAGAUGGUAGAGGUGAAAGGUACGAAGGACAACCUAAAUUAAUUAGCGAUGAACCGGAUGAAGAAACAAAAAAUUUGUUGAAAAAACACAAAAGUCAGUUAGAUAAACAUGAAGCAGAGAUUAAAAGUUUAUAUCAGGAUCUUCAAAACAAAAUUCCAACAGCUUUACUCAAUUUAUUACAAAAAGCUCUUGAUAAUCAAAAUGAAAAUGACAAUGAAUCAGAUGCUGGAAAAACUAAAUGCUUAGGUUCACUUAAAAAUCUGUUUUCGGGAUUCCGUAGAGUGAAAACUGUGUUUCAGAGUUCAGACAAAAUAUACGCUCAAGAAGUUAUUACUAAAAUAGGAAAAGCAUUUCAAAAACAAGGAAGCAAGCUUGAAGGUGUUAGACAGGAAAAUAAAUUUUAUCAGUUGAUGUUUAAAAAUGGGGUGACUGAACUUAAUAGAAAUAUUGGAAUAAACACACCAGCAAGAAUGUUAAAAAAAAUACCCGAUAGAAAAAUAAUUAAACCAGAAUUAAUAUCGUAUGAAAAUAUGACAGAUAAAAAUGCUGAUAAGUUUAGAAUGAGUAACGAUCUUAAAGAAAAAAUACUAGAAAUUGACGAGAUAAAUUUCUUAAAAGCUUUAGCAGAAAAUGCAAAACAUAAUGUAAUGCACCUCGAAGAAUGGCUAAAAACUUUUACUGGUGACUAUAAAGCCAAAACAACCUUAAAUAAGAAUUAUGAAAAGAAUUGUCUUGAUGGAAUAGAAAUCAUGGAUAAACUUAAUUUUAAAGCAACAAAAAUAAGUAAGUUUUUUCACUAUAAAUAUUUAACUCUAAUUUUUGCCUUUGCCUUCGUCCCAAUUAUUUGAGGUUGGCCACCAUUG